AUGUCUUCGGCAUCCAGCCGUCGGAUUCUGGUCACUGGAGCAAACAAGGGCAUUGGCCUUGAAAUUGUCAAGAAGUUGCUCACAGAUGCUAGCAACACCUUCGUGUACCUUGGAGCGCGUGACGAAGGCCGCGGGCAAAGCGCAGUCAAGAGUUUGAUCGAAAUGCACCCCGACUGGCAGGACCGAGUGGACCUUCUUCUGAUUGAUCCAACAAGCGACUCUUCCGUCGCAGCUGCGCAGCGCAAGCUGCAGGCUGCUAGCGUUGAGCUUUACGGAAUCGUAAACAAUGCGGGGUCGUUCAUGAAAUUUUCCGACAUGCUGAACCUCCAUCUCUAUGGCACCAAGAGAGUCAACGAUGCCUUGGUUGGGUUGGUGAGUCCCACCGGAGGACGAAUUGUGAACAUCUCAUCCGGAGGGGCCCCAACAUGCGUGGCGAAGUGCCGCGCUGAUCGCAAGGAGCUUCUGAGCAGAUCUGACCUGACCUGGGAGCAGAUUCAUACUCUUGCAGGUGAGGUGGACGCCAUCUUGCAAACCUUGCCGGCGGAUGCAGACGACACGAUUGUAGCCGAGGCCACCGGAGUUUCAUGGGGCUUGGAUGGCUAUGGAUUCUCAAAGGCGCUCGUGAACUGCUAUACGGCAUGGCUACAGAUGCAGUAUCCUAGCCUCAUUAUCAGCUGCUGCAACCCAGGCUUUAUUGAGACAGACCUCUCGCGCCCCUAUGCUGAAAAGAGCGGGAAGACACCGGCAGCAUUGGGCAUGCAGCCAGUCGAGCAAGGCGCAGUGGUUCCCUGCAAGCUGGUUCUUGAGGAUUCAUGUGCGAGAGGGCUCUAUUAUGGCAGUGACGGCAAGGCCUGUGGCUUCGCUGAGGUGGAUCCCGAUGACUUCGAGUCAUGA